UGCUCACGAAGAUAGCUAGACGCUCUAGCUGAACUCUCGUAAAAAAGGUGGCGCACUUACUUGUGGAACGGAGACGUUUACGGACGAUCCGUUCCGUGUGUGUCUAGCUCCACAUGUGUUAAGAGCUUGGGCGUGAGAUUAGUUUUCCAUCGGUUGUCCGCGCUUGUAUUCGAGUGUGUUGCGUUGUUGAAAUAUUUUCCACCUAAAAACGACAGUUUUGGAAAAUUGAAAGGUAAAUUGCGAAGAUAAACGAUAGAAUAGAAUCUCGAGGCGAAAUCAGCGUGCUUUUUGAGCAGUGUUAAGAGAAAACGAAACACCGUGCAUCCUACAUAUCGCGUAGUGUACUGAAAGAGAAAGGAAAAGUGUGAGAGAGAUAAAAAGAGAGUGAGAGAAAGAAAGAAAUAAACCGUGUAUACCGUGUAUAUGUGUGUUGUGUGGUGGCUGUUGUUUGAAUAUGUGAGCUUUUUGCAGGUAGUUUUUAAUAAUUACUGCCGGAAGUGAUCAGAGUACCCAAAGUUGCCAAAAGUGUAGAAAAUAAAAAAAGAAUGUGCUGAUGCAAAGGCUUCUUAUGUUAUUUUGUUGAUUAUGGAAAAUACAAGGCGACAUAGAAUAGUGAUCAGAGCACCCAAAGUUGCCAAAAGUGUAGAAAAUAAAAAAAGAAUGUGCUGAUGCAAAGGCUUUUUAUGUUAAUUUGUUGAUUAUGGAAAAUACAAGGCGAUAUAGAAUAACACCUGAUCACAAGUUCCUGCAGUGUGUAGUUCGUGCCAAGUGAAUUAGCAAGUUUGGUGGUUUGAAGGGUGUGCAUGUGCAAAAGAAGCUGCAUGUGAAAAGAGUCGGGUGAGUUUGUUCUGUUCUAUGACCGAGGCAAGAAGUGCAUGUGCAACAAGGAAGCAAGUGCAAGGGAGGCGAAGACACAGCACAAGGAGACGUAGCAUUUUUCAACAUGGGACGCAAGAAAGGAGCGGGUAAAGCAAAAGCUGCUGGCAGAAAAAGUAGUUCGGACAUUAAACAAGUCGAAAAAAAGGAUGCCAAAAUGAAAGAUGAUCCAGGAGGUGGUGGCCACAGAGGAAGUGGUAGUAAUGGUGGCGUUAAACCCGCUAUGGAAAUAGCAAACCAUCGCAACGAAGGUAGAGCGACGACAGUGAGUCAGCGGCAAACGCAGCCACAGCAGCUGUAUUUGUCCAAAGCAGCGGACACUAAUGCUGAUGGUGGUGGGGAAAGGCAGAGCCAUCUGACAGGAGCAGCGGGGUUAGCAGUAAAAACUUCCACAACCAACAUCAUCAGCACUAAUCUCAAGUACCUGCACAAGAAAUUCAAGCGAAUCGCCAGCGCCACGCUUACGGAAGAGGAAGAGCCGCAGCAGCAGGUGGUGGUCGCGGCUACGACUACAUCGUCCACGACCACAUCGACGUCGACGUCAACAACAACGAUCAUAGGAAACGGACGAAACGGGCAUGAAGUAGAUGACGUUGCGUCAGCAGAUCAACUGCCGGUGGUGGUGUCCACAUGCUCUAUAAACUCGUUUCCCCUAGCUGAUCAGACAUCGCAGCGAUCGCACGAGUUGAGCACCGUCAAUGCAAGCGUUAGCGUAGCGGAGCGAAUCACUUCAGAUCGCGUCGCUGAUGAAUCGUCGCAAGUUGUGACCGUGAAGGCAGACUGUGGAAACGAUACAGAGGGCAGUGAUCUCGUGCUCUGUGUUCGCUCCAUCACAAGCAGUGUACCUUCGGACAAAUUCGGUCCACCACCUACGUCUGAUAGAGGAACAGCCCUUAUCGGUAUCACUGCUGCCUAUGAUUAUCACCAACAACAGCAGCAACAGUAUCAUCAACUCCAUCCAUCACUACAUCCUGGAGUGGCUGCCAUUGCUUCGUUCCCGCCUCAGUCGUUGCUAGUGCAUCCGCACCACCAAUUACUCUUUGGUCACCAUUCCCAAGAUCCACCCUUGGCGCAGCAACAACUUCAACACCGGACUAGUGCAAAUAACAUCAUAAGUAGCUGUAGUAGUAGUAGUACUAGUAUUAGCAGUAAUAGUAGUAGUAGUAGUAGUAAAAGUGUUAGCACUAACAUAAGCAACAACAACGCUGGUGGCGCUUCAAGCAAGCACGGUGCCGUGUUGCUUCCAACGGUGCUGUGCAGUCCAUCGUCUGAGUUGUUGUCGGCCAAAACCGACAAUAAUUGUAAUUUAAGUGUCGCUUCGUCAGCUGCGUUGCCGAAUCGCACGAUCGAAAAGUCUGCCGGUUUGCAGUACGUCGUGAGCUACUCGGCAUUACAGCAGCACCACCACCCUUCCGCACUAUUGUACGCAAACGGUGGUGGAUCAACAUCCACCAGACCACAUCAGCCAGGCCUAUCUUCGUCUUCUGGUGGUUCUUCGGGUUCCCCAUCUCCACCGACAGCAGUGUCCGGAGCCAAGCUAAACAGCAAUAUUACUUCUAACAGCAGCAGCGCGACCAUUAUCAGUACAAACCACGUCUCGACGACAGUGGUUUCAAACAGUGGAUCGUCAGUCGUUACCGUGACACCCACAGGACGAUACGUUUGUCCGUACUGCCAGAUGAACUGCAGCAAGCCGUCGGUACUGGAAAAGCACAUUCGACGGCACACCAACGAACGACCUUUCAAGUGCGUCCUGUGCGGGAUCGCCUUCAAGACCAAGAGCAAUCUCUACAAACAUCGUCGCUCCCGUGCACAUGCUUCAAAAAGCCAAGGCGAAGAUACAGCUGGAUUGUCCGUGCUGGACGAAGACGGCGGAUCUCUCGUAGGAUCCGAUAUAGACGACAAGGAUCUAAGUAACAGUGGAUCAGAAAUAAUGAAUUAUAGAGGGUCGCCGAUGGACGACCGGGUGAAUUCGCCCCAGCAGCUGCUGUUGGAGAAACCGUAUAAACCUAAAUUCCACAAUGCCGCUUUUUACACCAGGUUUGAUAACAAACCGCAUGUUGGAUUAGUUGGGGGAAGUACUCCUGGAAUUCAGCAACCCGUAGGACCAUCAACCAUCGUGGGAUCAUCUAACGUGACUUCGACAUUAUCUCACUAUUUGAAUGGUCAAAAUGUGGAAUCACUUGAGCAACACAUUUCUAAGCUGAUCUCGCAAAAUGAGGCCAUUGUGGAGGUAGUCGAGGCACCGCUGCAGAAAAAAUACCACAAAAUAACUGGAAUUAGUCGAGGCAUUUCAGUAAGCGGUUCGAGCACAACGCCAACAACGAGUCAUGCUGCUGCUAAUCAAGACAGUGCGUCUUCUCGUGUGGCCAAUGUGGUGCACCAGAAGCAACGUCACGAAGAGAUUCAGGAUUUGCAGCCUCCGCAACAGGAUCAGGAGCAUCAAACAUAUCCAUUACAUGCUCCGCAGCAACAUCACUACCUAAGCUACGUUCGCCAUCAGCAGCAUGCAAUGCCAAAUGUGAUAAAUUUAACCAAUAAGCCGAUUGUAACUCCCAAAUCGAUGGUUGCAUUGCAGCAGCAACAAUUAGUUUCGACUCCCGGUUCGACGAUUGCAUUAGGAUCAGUUCUUCCUGCCGUUGGAACUCACAUACAGCAAUCGCAUCAGUUGUCGAAUAUACCAGAGAACAUCCUUUUAAGUGGGAGUAAUAGCUCCUCGAUGGUAGAUGGAGCGAUCCAUUUUCAACCGCUCAAUCUUACCAAAGCAAACACGGCUGAAUCUGUGCAUGCAACUUCAGGAGCAUCAAUUCCAUCUCCUGCAGCAAUUACGUCUUCGUCAUUGCUAGUUGCAGUUCCGUCAUCUACUCCUACACCAGUGGAAGAAUCAUCAGUAUCGAUCCAACAGAAUCUUCCUUUGCCUCCGUAUCGAAAACGAACACGUGAACUGUCACCAGUGAUUGUUGCAAAUAAUUCUUCUGGACCUGCUGCUCACGUGUCUUUGGUCACUGUGUGCACUACUACUACGACAUCCGUGACCACUGUAUCUACAAUUGCAUCUCAGCCACCACAUAUUCCGUUGCAUAUUCAAGUGUCGACAGCACCGUCCACUCAGAUUGUUCCAACUGAUCGACCACACCGCCCGACAGCAACACCGACUCCCCCGCUAACCGUUGCUAAUCAUCCUCAAAAUCCGGAACGAUCGAUCAUCAAAGAUCUAUUGUUGAACUCACGUGGUUUCGGCGUCGUACAGAAUCCGGACGGUGAAAACGGUGAAAAUUUAUACACCUGCAAAAUGUGCAACGUGUCUUUCCGCGAUGUGGAUUCCCUCAAAUACCACAUGAUCUGUUACUGCCAGGGCAGCGGCAGCUCAUUGAACAGCCCUUCGGCUACAUCCAGCGCUCCGAUUAGCCCAAUUGGAUCACCAUCGGCUGCAGCAGCAUCAUACAUUCGCUCAAGAUCCGUUAGUAGUUUGAAAAACCUGGCACGUUCUUCGCUGAAUCCCCCAGUCGGACGCAGUCCAUCCUCGUUAUCGAAACUUGCCAAAUCUCAACUGACGCGACCGAAAAUUAAGCCGGAGAAUAUUUCUCUUUCGACUAUCAACGAUUCACUUCCGUCGUGUUCUUCACAAACAGUCGUUAGCGCAUCUGGAUCGAAAAAUGGUGCUACUGAAGCGGUUCAAAAUCCUUUACCAUCGCCAGGACCAUUACUUGGUAAUACACGGUUAGUGGAGAGUGGAAAGUCACCUCGUAAGAUAAACUCUAACGUCGAUUCCAAUGAGGGCACUUCCAAGAGGACACGUGUGGUUAUGAUUGGAACGUCCACAUCCGAAGCAAUCGUCUCUAGUGCAUGCGGUCCUAAUGCUAGCAGUAAUCGUCAGUUGUUUGGUGGAGGAGAAGAGGCUGUUGAACGCACACAUUCACAGGAAUGUGAUUCGAAGAUGACGGAAACAACAGAAACGAUUGCUAUGCAUUGUUAUGGUACAGGUGGUACAUACAUGCAGUACAAUAGCGGAGUGGAGGUAGAAGACGACGAGUCUCUUCAAAGAGAACUUCAGUUCCGUCAUACAUUGCGUUCCGGAGGAGCCUUGGUAGAAAUCGCAAAGCCAGCCGAAAUUCCUUCGAAAGCUCGUGCCCGAUCAAACGCGGUUGUAACUGUUGCACCGAAAGCAGCAAUAGCGCCAUCAACACAUUUCCAUUUUCCUCCAAUUAAUUCAAUUACAGCGUACAAUCCUUUAACAUUGCCAGCCGUUCCAGCUCCUGGGCAAGCAUCCCAGAUAGUGCAUGGUGGAAAGCUAAUUCCGUUCGUUCAGGGCAUUCCCGGCCCAAACACACUCACUUCCGUCAACCCACAAAUGGAACUCAUGACGCCAACUCGUACCAGUCACUCUGGCACAAGCACGCAAUCACUGCUCACCAUCAUGGUGCCUGUAUCUAGCGGGUCAAACACCACCGACACUGUUAUGAACCUUGAGUCUAGUUCGAUGUUCUAUAAACCACAUCAAGCAGUUAGUUCUUCCUUGCUUGCCACUGUUGGAUCACGAGGCCCUAAUAUUACAUCGUCAGGCGAACAGCCACAGCCACCAGUGGAACAGCCCAAAAACACGAUACCUUCUAAAAAUGGACUCAUGCGGUCGCAGAUAUGGUCACCGGCGAAACAACAAUCGCUAGAUUUCAGCAGCCCUUCACCUCCGGCCCCGAAAAAGAGCUUCAAUUUUACACGCAUGGCUGAUAAUAUCAGUCCGCGAAAGAAAGACAUCACGCUUGCGUCAAAAGCAGACGAAGUACGACAUUUCCACUUCGACACAGUGAUUGCCAAGUCGGACAUUAUGAUUAAACCGCCUCCUCCGCCUCCACCUCCAGCUGCAUCGACUUCGCAGGAUGGCAGCACGGCUUGUGGUCUAGAUCAUUCUACAGGACCAUCACCUAAACCGAACCGAUUUUUGCGACCAAAUACGUUACCUCUAAAACCUGGAACAUUUACGCCCAAGCGCCAUCAUGGUAUUACACCGACUAACAACACGAUGCCUCUGAUCUCUCCAGAAACGCCACGGCCAUCCAAGAGUUGUCGCGAGCUUUACUUUAACGGUCAUGCAUACACAAACAUUGGAUUGAAGUCGAGCACGAAACCAUUCUACUGUACCGUCAACAAAACUCAGCCGUUUUAUUUCCAGACGUCUAAACAACUCUCUAUGUACAGCAAUUGGCAGGUGCAUCCCGAAAACGAUCCGCAUCCGCUCGGGCUAAAACAGGUCACUGUGUUGUCACUGUACGAUUCUAAUCAGCAUCGUGAUAGACGGUAUGCUAUUGCCGGUUCAAAGACAACACCUUUUACAGUUGUUAACAGCAAUAGCAGUAAAAAUAGUGACCAACUCACAUGCUCUUCAUCCUCUUCGUCCUCAUGUGACAUUAAAGUUCGUAUCAGUCCCGUCGAAGUGAAUUCAAACGUACCCUGUCCACCGGCUUAUGUGCUGGCAACGCUAGCAUCGCAUCAGCCAUCCAAUCCUACGCAACCAGCAACGGCGUCUUGCAUUAGCUCGUUCGAUAAUCACUGCCGCUCACAAUCACCGCACAGCGAAAAAUCAAAACAAUUGGAAGUUCCUACCGGAUGUGAUACUGGCGAUGUCGGUGGAUCAUUUUCCCGGCAUGCAUCACGAAGUGCUUCGGCAGAAAGAGCACUCUCCGGAGGUUUCGAGAGCACCGAGGAAUAUACGUACGUGCGAGGAAGAGGUCGCGGAAAGUACGUAUGCAAUGAAUGUGGCAUACGUUGUAAGAAACCUUCGAUGCUGAAGAAACAUAUCCGAACGCAUACUGACGUUCGGCCGUACUCGUGCCAGUACUGUAGCUUCCACUUUAAAACGAAAGGAAAUCUGACAAAGCACAUGAAGUCAAAGAGUCACUUUAAGAAGUGUACGGAAUUAGGAUUAAAUCCGGUACCCGUGCUUUUGGAUGAUGAUGGAGCCGACAUCGACAUCGAUGGAGACCAACUGUCGAUUUCGAGCGAGCGAACUUCAACGAUUCCGGGUGACUCGGAUACAGCUAGCGAUACGGAUGGCGACGACACUGAUGAUAGCGACGAAGUAAAAAGUCGUUUACCAGAGCACGAAGCUGCUGAGGGAUUGUUAUCCCUGUCGAUGACGCGUCCAACUUCGGCGUGUAGUAGUACAGGGCAACAACCUGGUGUCUUAGGAGGCGGUGGAGAACCGGAAGCUGCCGCUGCUUAUAUAACGCAGCAUAUAAAUUCUUAUCUCACACCAGAUCAACAGCAACGACAUGGUUAUUCUAGCAGCCCACCAAUAGCGCGAGCACCGCAAACCGCAUCAUCCAUUAGGUCGUGUGCAGCCAAAACAGACCCACCGAGGCGAAUCAUAACGUAUGGUGGCGGACCAAAGUUGGAGUUUAACCUGUUGAAACACGAACAGUACUAUUCUGAUCCCAAUGUAGGCAAACGGAGACGCGACUGUGAUCGGAACUUCUCGUCUGCUAGUGACGAAGCGGCAGCUCAAGCAGGAGAUGCAGAUGAUGAGGAUGACACGGCAAGGCCCAUUGAUCUAACCAAGAAAACUCGUCUGCUGCCGGUACAGCCAAUUGUGUCCGCCCAGCAUCAGUAUGACCGUGCUCCCCUGCAACCCUGGCCAUGGUGACCAUUGCAAUUGCAACCACCUCCCGUCAGUGUGUAUCUUCCAACUGCGCAUGAUCGUUGCGAUCGUGAUCAAAUGUUACAGCAAUCUGCAGCAGUGUAUGAAAACCGACGCCAUGCACAACAACAGCAGCAACAAGUGAUUGUUCGAGUAUCGGAUGUGCUAGCACCGAUAAGCGAUACGGCCAACUUACUAACAACGCUUGUGUCAAACACAGAUAAAAUUCCGCUUGUGAUGGGACCAUUCGAACCAACCGGCGGCGCUACACCCGGUGGUGCUGGUGUUGAUGAAAAUGCGUACUUCCAUGAAUACUUAAAGGAGCGCGCCCUACAGGACACGCGCAUUAAGCAGAGUCAGAUGAAACCCAAUACUUCCAGUAGCAUCGUGAUGAGAGACACUCGGAUACAAGAUCCACUUUCUAAUCCUGUUCGUCAAAUUGUGUCGCAUUACCACGAAGAAGUCACCAGUGAUGCGCCACAAACAACAAUUCCAAUUAUUGCUGCUAAAGUAACUAAACCACCAGAAGUUAUUCCACAAUCUGUCUUGGGUGCAACCAUACCAACAUCGGCAAAUAAUGCAUCUAAUCCUGCCGUCUCGUCAGUUGCGUCAGUGGCAACUACUACAACAACGGAACGUGUAUAUCGGAUCUUCAGUGGAAAGAACGAACGACACCGCUCUUCCCCACUAGCAACGGAAACUGUCGAAUCGAAAAGUCCUGCCGUGACGAUGGAGUUGGACAAAGAAAAGUCGUCGGGGCAGAUCACAGUGUCGACUGUAACCUCCACAAACGAUUCCGCGAUCAAAAUGAGCAGCGAAUGUCCGCUUGUUUCAGAAAACGCGUCUCCAAUGGACACGCUGGCGGAAAUCGCUGCAGGUUCGCUGAAACUCGAUGUCUCCCGAGCGCAGCCGGUAUUCGAAUCAGAAUCUUUAGUAACUUCUCGUCCGCGAUGCAAUAGUACGAAUUCUACCAACCCCAAACCAACCGUUCCUGCAGUGCCAGAAAGUGCCAAAACGUUGGCCUCCGAGUACCUGAAGCUGGCACAGGCGGUAACAAAUGUUCGCAAGCGUACUGAGAGUGAGAGUGCUUUGGGAACAUCGGAGCUAUGCCAUCGACUGACCAGGAGCUACCUGUUGGAGGAUCGGAUGGAAACUACUCCUGUUCCUAUCGUCGUUUCUCCUGCUUCUCAGCAGCAACAGCAUGCAUCUGCAGGAGGUAAUCUGCUUGCGCCUGCCACAUCAACAGUUUCCGGACAAGCUAUGGCUGCGGCACCGCAAGCAGGAGGAAGUUCAGAAGCUUGUGCUGCUGGUAGUAUUGUAGCUCCUGCUCGUAAGGUGGUAGUGGUUGGUGAGGAGGGCUUUAAAACAUCCGGUGUUCGUGGCAGCGCAACUGAAUUUGUCGGUACACCAACGAGUGCUUUCACGCCAAUGCACCAGGAAGAUGGAGGGCGUCCGGUGUGUGAGAUUUGCAACAAAAAAUUUCACAAACUGUCCCAAUUGAGUAUACACAUGAACAUCCAUUACAUGGAGCGCAAAUAUCGCUGUGAACCGUGUGGUACCAGUUUCCGAUCGCAGGGGCUAUAUUUGAAACACGAACGCUCAGCGACCCAUCGCAAUAAAGUUUCCAUGACGACGACAUUUGGCGUAGCGACAGACAGCAAUCCUCGCCCAUUCUAUUGCCGUGACUGUGAGGUAGGGUUUCGCAUCCACGGCCAUUUGGCCAAACAUUUGCGGUCCAAGAUGCACGUACUGAAGUUGGAGUGUCUCGGGAAGCUCCCGUUUGGAACCUACACUGAGAUUGAACGGUCCGGUACAAACCUAACCGAGAUCGAUACGUCGGACUGUGAGAAUUCGCUGUCUAGUUUGAAGCGGCUUGCUACACGUCUCAAUGUCAAAGAUCCAGCAAAGGUUCUUCCUGGCGGAGGUAAUGGUUCUCACAGCAAUAGCAGCAGUAGCAGCAGCAGCAGCAGCUCUUCCAGUAGUAGUAGUGGUGCUGGCGCAGCCGGCGGAACUAGCGGAAAUGAAACGGAUAGCUGCGAAGAUAAUGAGGAGGACUCUGCUCAUCCACCAGUGAUGGUGAAUGGGACAAAUACUGUAGCGGAGCAAGAUGACGAUCAGCUCAACAUUAAUAACAAUGUCAAGCGAAAAUCGGAAGCUGGAAAGGGCUCCGAUUAUGAUCUCGCCACUGAACCGAAGCGCGCCCGGUACGCAGCAAACCUGGAAAGAGACUUAACACCUUCCGCACAUUCUCUGUCGGUAGAGGGAGCAGCGAAUGGCAGUUGCUAGAGCAUCAACCAGGAAGCCGAGAUAAAUGCCAGUUAUCGUGAUGUGCAAUGUGAUGGCUAACCAUGGUGCAGUUUUACUUCGAUAAGCGUUGUGUUGUGCCAAAUAAGCCAUCAAGUGGGUUUUAAUUACAAAGUAGAAUUAUUAAGUGUUCGUUAGCGUGUUGCCGAAUGGUUUUAUAGAGAAGUAAAAGAACAGCAAAGCAAAUACCGGCUCAAAUCAGCCGAGGUGUGAUAAAAGAUAUACUGUUUGUACGUACGAGCGUUCCAUGUUACGAGAGACUGGUUUCCUUCACAUUGCACUGCGACAUUUAAUUACAUCAAGCAUCAUUCAAAGAUAAAUGCAACAUAACCCACAGAACCGCAGAAUAUGUGCUGCUUGAAUACAGCGAAUUUAAUCAAGCUAUUGAAUCCAGAACCUGUCCAAAGUUUCAGAAAGUCGAAAUGAUGUAUAAUACGCGAGAACAAAGCGGAGCAUAUCGUUUAUUAGACGGUAAGGUAGCAUGAUUUCUAAUGAAGAGUAGUAAGAGCGUCCGUUUUUGAGCCAGAACGCACCACAGAAUCAAGGGGCGAGCAACCUAUAUUUUCUUAAACAAAUUGAUAAUUGUAGCAGAAAUAGCAUAGAGAUUCUGUACGAAUCUUCGUGAAGCAAGCGAAAGAUAGAAACACUGAUAACACGUACGUCUUACAUCAACAUUAUACAUAAAUGAAUGUAUACAUAAGUUAUACAAAUCUAUUUUUAUAUGAAAGUGCUCUUUUUUGCGUUCAGUCCACUGACUCUGUGCUGACUUUCGACUUUAAUUUUGUGGCGUUUAUGGAAACCUACCUUACCAAAAAGUUUUGUAGUAGUGUGCACCUUUUCCCAGCGGGAGUGCGAGAGGAAUUUACAUCCGUCAACAAUAGGUCAGUCCACCGAGUGGACAUGUCUCGUAUUGCAUAUCAUAAAAUUGAACGACCAAAACAAUGAAAUGAACGUUGAGAGUUAUGACACAUUUUUGACCAGUUUUCCGUUUAGUGAGAUGCAAGAAAAGAAGAUUCUUCUUUUGUUUUAUUGUCUUCCACGCACUUUGUGCUGUAAUGUUUACUACUCGCUCUUCUAGGUCAAGAGGCAGGCAAGAUUUGCAAAGAUAAUUCGUUCCUCUUCGUUAGUGGGCUCUCCAGUGCCAAUGCUUAUGGUGAAUUAAUUUAGCACGCCGCGAGCUGCUAGCUACUUGAUUUCCCGGCUGUUAGUUGAAGAGAGUUAAUACUUACAGCACGCACACGCCAUAAUAAUAUAGCUGAACGUUAUAUCAAAUCGCUUCAUUUGUAAAACAUCCUAAAACCUGCUACGUUAGUUGCGGGAAAAAUUUAACGUGAAACGCACGUGUCAAACUGAAAAUGAAUGAAACAAAAUGAUAUAUAGUUUAAGGACAGGGUAGACGAUAAGAGACUCUUCUAAUAGAUUUUUACAUACAAAUUUACCCGCAAGCAAAGCGUGUAAUAUGCAGUCCUGGACGUCUAGUUAAGGUUGAAAGGAAAAGAUAAGUGCAGCAAAGAGAUUGGAAUUUGGCCAUCAUUGCUGCCGAACACGAAACGGAAAAAAUUAACCGAUAGACGAGCAAGUAACUUAUUGCUUCCAAAACAUGUAGCAACACUUUUGGCAUUAUUUUUUUAAUCUUCCCAAAACAAAAGAACGUACAACGUAUAACUAUCGCGUCUCUGAGCUCCGCACUCAGUGCUGCAUCGUACCACACAAAACACAAACACAACCAGUAACAGAAAAACCACCUGAUAUAUGAAUAAGACCACAUAAGAAAAGAAUUGAGAAAUAUGUGCAAAUUUAAGUGAAUUUAACCCGAAGAUUGUAAAAAACUACGCAAACAUAUAUAUAUACAACAUCCUUAUAUACACAGACGCAUAUUUAAGAGGAACAUACACGUGCGUACCAUGGAGUAACGUUAUAUACAUAUACAUAUUUUGUAAGCGAGUAAGCACUGGUGGUGCAAACACUAAUCAGUCUAGCUACAAAAAUUAACGAUAAAAACCUUAUCAGCUAAGCCCUUUCUAUUGUGUACGUGGAUUUAAAAUAUAUACAGACACUCACUGUGGAAAAUAUGAAGAAUAUACGAAAAAAUCGAACUUUUA